AUGAAUAAGUUUGUAUUUUUAUGUUUACUAUCGUUCGGACCAUUAAUGAGUUAUUCGGCCGAGCCUUCUCGUCUGUCUGUCUUCUGGAUUGUUUUAGUUUUGUCCACUAAGCCUCCUCAUAAAAAUGAAUCUUUGAUGAACAAAACAGUAUGGGAGUCUAAGAUUUCUGAAGCACUUAAAAGUACCAAAAUAUCGUAUUCGGAAUACUUCAAUCUGGUUGAAGCUGAAAACAGGUCUGUCGUGGUUGAUUACAUAGAGAGAGACGAAUCUCGAUCAUAUUUGAAGAUAUUUUUCUACGUACAGCAGAAUAACCUCUUCCAACCUUCUCCUUCUAUUGUUUACCAGCUCAAUCAAAUGCCGGUGGACUGGUUAGCAGUUUACUUGGGAAUGCCAGUCAUAGAAAGACCUAAAGUUUACGAUAUAGGCGCUUAUGAAAAGGAAGAUGAUUUUAUAUGGGUCAUUGGAAUAAUUGCUAUUUGUUUCCUUGGAAUAUUGCUGAUUUGUUGGUGCUUUAUAUUUCUAUACACAUUUGUUCUACAAGCCACUGCUAUGGUUAAAUGGUUACCGAGACCAAUGAUUAGCAAUUCUAAACAAAUAUUUUACAAAGCAGAGAAAUCACAGAGAGAAUUUGAAGAAAAGAAAGAUUCACAAAUACAAACCGAUGAUUUAGAAUGUUCGCAGUCAAAAAUAAGCAAAACUGAAAACUCAAUAUGUGAUGCGACAGUGUUGGAUUCCAAUUUCUCGGAAGCUCGAGUUUCAACGGUUUCAGAAAUAAGUUUAGAAGAAUCAGUCAACCCCACUGUAAGUGAAUUAAAUGAAUCUGUUGUACCCUUGUCUGAAACACAAGUUCUAUUAUCGGAUGAAGAAGGUAAAUAUUCUGUUAUGAAUAUUUUUCUUAUCAAUUUACAAUCAGAUGGUAUUAUAAAUCAACAGUUGAAUGUAAUCAAAGCUAAUACGAAGAAUUCAAAGAAUGAAGUGAUUGAAGAAAAUGAAGGUGAUUUGCUACAGGCAUCCGAAAUGGAUAAAACGCUUACUUUUGGAUCGUUCGAUAAUGUAAUACCUUUUGUGAUGUCUGUUCCACCACGUCCAGAAGCGAUAAAAUUAGCAAAUUUAUUAAACUCUCAGAAAGUAUUUCUUUAUAAUAAAUCAAUCUUUGAUAACACUGUAAUUAUUGAUAAAUAA